AUGAGCUACUACGGCGGCUACUACGGGGGCCUGGGCUGGGGCUGGGGCGGCCUCGGGGGCCUGGGCGGGGGCUCCGGCUGGGGGUGCGGCGGCUUCCCCAGGCUGGGCUGUGGCUACGGCUACAGGAGCUACGCCUGCUGGCGCCCCUGCUGCUCCGGGGGACAGACUCCCCCGGACACCAUGAGCUACUACGGCGGCUACUACGGAGGCCUGGGCUGGGGCUGGGGCGGCCUCGGGGGCCUGGGCGGGGGCUCCGGCUGGGGGUGCGGCGGCUUCCCCAGGCUGGGCUGUGGCUACGGCUACAGGAGCUACGCCUGCUGGCGCCCCUGCUGCUCCGGGGGGUACGGGUUCUCCGGCUUCUACUGA